AUGAGCUCAGCCGAUGACGAUAAUCCCCGCAUGAUUAGGCGUUCUCAAAGGGAAAGGAAGGAGAAUCGAGCGUGGACUCCUACUAAGCAAGUGCAGCGACACGACGUUCCCACUGUUGACCCUGAUGCAGAGACAUGUGAGGGAUCUGAAGGGGACUCGCACACUCCGAUCCGCAAUGUGAACGCAAGACCUCGACGGGACUAUGUUCCAUCGCCGGGGCUUUCUGUGAGCACUGGGACCCCAAAGAGCAAGGAGGAAGAAUCUGACGAAGCGUCUGGUUCUGCGUAUGAUGGUUUAGAAGAUGAGGGCGAGGAUGGUGUGCUUGGCGAGGCAGCAUCUGCUGCGGACAAGGAGUAUCAGUCGCUGAAGGCGGAACUGGAUGCUCAGCUUGAGAAAGCUGCAAAGAAGAGAGAUGCUGCACAAGCACGUGUGCUAAAGUCCAGCCAAGCCCCCAGCAAGAAGAAAACAAGUGGACAUGGCGCGUCCCAGAGACCGUCCGAUGCCGAACAUCCUCCCAAGCGCAGCGAAAGAAGACAAGAUACUAGGCCCAAGGAAGUGGACCAGGAAGCGGCACGGACGUCAGCACUUGACAGGCGCAAAGGGAGCGGUGUGGACAGCGGCCCCGCUGCCAGCGAAGGAGGGAGACACAAAGAGCGACCUAAAAUGAAGCCACUGUUCACUCCAGUCAAAGAGAAAGGGAAACCAACUGACAAAGGGAGGGACAACUCAAAGCGCCAGCGCUCCGACACUAGGUCCGCGCGCGAGCUGGAGCUGGAGGAGCAAGUUCGGAAGCAACAGCGGCAGAUGGUCGACCUCACCAACAAGAUCAACUCCGCCCGUCCUCCGCUGCCUCCCGACAUGGACAACCAGUGGAAGGGCUGGUAUGGCGCGCCCCCUGGGUUUCCCCCGUUCUGGCAAGGCCCGCCUGCAUCAGCCCUUCCCUCGGCACUUUCCAACGCCGCUCAACCGAACACAACUGGGGGCUCCUCAGUCCCAGCUGAGCUGGUGACAUCUCCGAACCUGAAUUUCAUCGUCAAGAUCAUCUCCGACUUCUAUAAGAGCGCGGACAGUGGGGCGACCUUCUACCCGGAGAACCAGGCCUUCAUAAAGACGAGAAUGGAGAGGGAGCUGGCCCAGUCGCCUUCGGAUCCCCAGUGGCAGAGGCUGUGGGCGCCCGGGGGUGCCUUUCAAAAGGCCGCCUCCACCAAAAUCAUCAACCAGCGCUCCAACUACGUCACCAAGAUGAAGGAGGGCAUCGUCCAGUUCUACAAGCCCCCGCACCAUGCCGCGCGAGAGUUCUUCGACUUCGCCGAGCGGGAAGCCGCAGGUGCCACUUACCGCAAGGAGCCCGAGCCCGGUUUUGAUCCGUUCGGGCGAAAGGAGUUCCUGGAGACGCUUGGCCACACCUUCGUCACCAACUGGAAAGAUUUGCCUCCGGAGAGGCGGACCGAGGAGCUAAAGCUGAACGUCCAACAAGUUGCCCUGGCUGAGGCAGUGUUUGCGGUGUGCUUCGGGUAUGAUGGCAACGUCGGCAACAUGAAGGAGCUCCCCAAGAAUGGCGUGAUGGCGAUCCUGUACAAGAAGGCAAUCGCUUCCGUCAACGACCUGAACGAGGAGUACCUGAAAGCUGCGGUCGACGUGCUGCGUCACCCCCUGCUUCGAGAGCCCGCUUCAAGGGUUCCACCGCCUGUCCCCAGCCGUCUGAAGGCCCUUCCCCCUAGCGGCAGCCUCCCGGGCGGCCCGCCGGUUGCAACCGCCCCAAGCCUCCAACCCUCGGGAACUGCGGGUCACGUCCCCCCAAGCUUUCCCCUCGCACCUCCCCCCGUUCAUCGGGGCUGGAACGGGUCACAGGGUACGGACGGGCUACCCCCAGUCUUCGAAGAUUCCCCGGACGACUGGCGCAUGUCGCCGCCGGGCAGGGGGGAUCCCUUCGGCCCGCCGGGCAGCUAUUGGGGGAAACCAAGAAGCCUGUUGGAACGGAACUUCAUGAUCGCUCAGGGGCAUCUGGUCCCUGAUUCAGAAGCUCAGGAGUAA